UGAACGACUAUCUCACUUUAGCUUUGCGAUAGUGGCUGAUCAGUCUGUAGACUAAUUGUUUAAAGUUGCGAUAAGCAAAAUAUUUGAUCCCUGAACCUUUGAUCCGCAGGAAGCUCAACCAGCAUUCAGAAGCUGUACAGACGACUCGGCUCUUGCGAUGUGUACAUGUGACCUGACCAAUUAAUAUGAUAACGAUACAGAAAGUACGUACACAGUGCAUUAUGUGUAACUUUAACCUGGACUUGGAUCUCACUGUAUGUACGCGCUAUUAUAAGGUUCAACUUGGGCAGAAAAUUAUCACGGGACGAUUGAAACACCAGCCAUCUACUAGUAUAUCGGCCUACACGCCUUCUUUGCUUCAUUUCCUCGUGUCAUUAAGAAGAGUUUUUCGAUAGUUUACCCUGUUUGGGUGAAGUUGUAGUUGUCAUGACUGUAGAGAUUGUUUCAUCGUAAAUGUAGCUGUUCGCCGUGUUGGAUGAGGAAGUGGCAUAUACCGCACAGAGGAAGUUCAAGCCAAUGGAUUUUUGGACAACGUGAAUUCAAUGAUCUCUCUUUCAGCUUGAAUGAUGAACUGCAUAUCCAUUUGUGUUAAACAGUCGUAGAGUUUCAGUAUCUGUUGAACAGGAAAUCAUGUCAUUCUGCUGUAGAAGAGACAACAACUACGAUGGCCUAGAUGAGCCAAGCGCAGAGAAGUCGCCUCUCGUAAGAAACGAGGGCGGUGCCCUUGUCGAUGGCGUCAUAGCAUCACGGAGGUCAGCCACAGAUGACCUCAACCUCUGGACCAAUCCUGAUGACGUCAAUCACGUGAUCUCAGAGGAUGACAGGCAACUUGCCGAGCUGCUCGACAGGAGGCGAAGAGCAGUUUCCAGAGAGGAGGAGAUGUUAUUGCAUCAAAAGGUAGAAGAAAUUCGGAAGGUUCGAAAGAAAGUUCAGGACAGAUGGAAAAGAGUGCUGAGCGAAUUAGGUUUUGCCGACGAGCAGCAUAAACUACUGGCCGUGAGCUCCGUCACAAGAACCGCCUCUCCCAACACGUCGGUGAGGGCGUACAACCUGCACGAUAAGCUGGUGAACGAGACGUCAAUCUUUGGUGAUGCACCGACACAGAGACAUCGCUAUGCAGUCAUACUGGACCGAUUGCUAGAUCUGGACAUUACCGACGAUUUUUUCGAAGCAGCACACGAACUCUACCCGAAAAAAGCCGAGAAGCCGAAGCGGUACCACAAGAGGGCGUCCCGCAAGAAACCACAAGGGGAAGUUCCGGAUGAGAACGGAAACGGUGAAGUUAACGGAGAGAUUCCAGAAUCUCCGGGGAUGGAGAUAAUGCCGAACGGCCACAAGCCAACUAACGGGGAUCGGCGCGCCGAUACAACCGUGACUACCGAGGUGGUGGUCGCUGAAGUUCACGAGGAACCGAAGUAA